AUGGCUGCAAUCAACUAUGUUCGCUUCAUACCACAAGAUCAAGUUUUUUUCACUCCAACUGAACAUCGCCAGUCAAUUGAUUUGAUUAUGGAAAAUGUCUUUGAUCGUGCAGUUACAUUCAAAAUGAAAUCUACUAGACCCGGCUUGUAUAGAAUGAGGCCUGUGUAUGGAAUUAUACCUCCCGGAGAAGCUGGCAGAGUUACAUUAACUUUCAAAGGAUUGAAAAAGGGUCAAACGCCUCCGCUCAAGGAUAGAUUUUCAAUCGUUCUGGCUGUAGUAGAAAAUAAUUUGAACAAGGCCGAGAAAUUAUGGAGAGAUCAUCAACUUCUAACGGAAAUGGCAGAGAAUGCAACGAUGGGAAAGAAAUAUCUUUCGGUUAUGUUUUAUGGAUUUAGCGAUGUCAACUCAACAAGCUCUCUGGCUGAGAUAAUUCCAUUGAACUUGGACGAAGGAAAGUGUCCCCCCAUAGUCAUAAUGUAUCGUCCGCAAUGUGAUUCUUCGAACGACGACGAGGAAUGUGAUUCUUAA